AUGCCCCACCCUCCCCAUCUUGUCCGCCGCAUCGCGCCCCACCGGAGCCACUACACCGCCGUACCUCACCCCAGCCGCCUUCCUCUGUCGCCCCGCCACCGUAACCCGCAAGCCUGACCACCCCGUCCUCCUUCCGGCAGUGCGCCCCACCUUGCCGAGCUGCUCCUCGCGGGCUCCUAGAUCCAGCAAGAUCCGAGGCAUGCCCAGCCAGCUGAACUCCCGGUGAUCAGUCCGGUCUGGCUACCGCCUCCAGCGUGCCUCCUGGCAAUGGAUCGGGCCGGCAACCGCCCCCUGCACAGCCAUGACCAACCCCGCCGCAGGAUCCAUCCGUCAGUUGCCCCCCCUGCAUGACCACAACGCGAGCCACUCCCCCGCCAGCCACCGGAUCCGCGUCUCCGUCCUCCCUUCCUCCCGCGCCUCUGCGUCACCGUCCUUGUCGGCUAUCGGGCCACGCGAGGAUGCACCCUGGCCCGGCCACAUCAUCAUCAUCCUCGUCUCAGGCCAUCACCACCUGGAUCUACACCACCACCGGUGCCCCGUCGCGCACCUAUCCGCCGGGGCUGAGGAGGAAACCAGGCAGCCUCCAUCUCUCAUCUCCGGUGAGGCCUCCGAUGAGCAUCUCCACCUCAGAUCCAACUCCUACCCCACGAUCUCUUCUUUUGGACUCAUUUGUUUCAACAACGCUGUCUCUCCCCUCUGCAGUCCGGCGACCGUCGCCGUGCAGCUCGGCGGCAUGCGUGAUGCGGUUCAGUGCUGGUGCCGGUGCACGGGACUCCCCUACUUCUUCUCCCCACCGACGAACAUCCAACCACGCCAGUGUUUGAGCUCGCUUGCAUGUGUCGCGGCGCUUAGGUAUGGGAGCAAAGCAGCUGAUGGCGGUGCGGCAAGCAAGGUUGUUGACGUCGUCGCGGGUGGCCUCCGCUGGCUCUGUAUCAUUGAUGCUUCCCCUGACCACAGGUUGCCUCCGUCCCAUGACCAAGUGUUGUUUUCCCCCAGUAGUUUUGUUUUUUGCUUUUGAAGAGUAUCCUUGCAGUUAACUUUGUGCUCGGUGUAAUUCGCGUGUGAGUCCGUGGACUAUAGAGCCUUUCUUUUUUAA